AUGGCACGAGGAGACCGAUAUCGAACAGAUCCGAAUCCGAGGAGGGUGUACUCACCGGUACCACCGGCUUCUUAUCACAAUGGUAAUUUUAUUCGUCAAGUUGUCAAAACGCUCAAAAUUUUGAACAUUUUCUUUCAGGAAGAUCCGUGACUACGGCCUCGAGUGACAUGUACACCUACACAACUGACACAAAGUUUGUCUCUUCUCCAAAAAAAAAAAUUCAAACACAUUAAUUCUAACUUAAAAACAUGUUCAGUGUAACAGAAGAGCACUCGGAAGACUACGGAUGUGGUGCGUGGGCAAAGUACGGAAUUUUCACCGCCAAUAUUGUGUUUCUGGUACAUUUUCGCUUUUUUUUGCUCUGAAAAAUUGCAUAAAAGUAUUGUUUUAGGUGGUCGGAGGACUCCUUUUGGCGAUGGGAAUCUGGCUGAGAACUGACAGUCGGUUUAGGAAUUUUAUAAGUGAAAGGUCAGCAUUUUAAACUUGAUUUUAAAAUAUAAUACUUAAUGUUUUGGGUAUCGUCAAGCGGUUGAAGACGCUUUUUGGGAAGCGCCCACACUUUUCGCAUUUUCCUACAUUAUAAUAGUUAUGGGAGCGGUUAUGAUAGUUGUGGCCAUGUUGGGUAAGUCUACAACGCUUUGUGACCUUUGACAAUAUUGAUUUUUUUGUUGUUGCAGGUUGUUGUGGUAUAACUGGCCGUUCCAGACUAUUUCUGGUCAUUUACUCAAUGGUCGUUUUUCUGCUCUUCGUCGCCACUCUCAGCGCCGGAAUUUAUCUCUUGUACAAGAAAGAUGGAGUGUGUUGAAUGAAUGUUUCAGGUGGAAAUUUGAACAAAUUUGCAGCUCGACGUGGAAUUAUCGGAUGCACUGAACUAUAUGGUGCAACACUAUUACAUGGGCGCCGGAGUGGUACAGGAGGCGCUGGAUAAACUUCAAACGACUUUCCGGUGUUGUGGUAAGCGUCGAAAACUCGUGUGUAAUGGAGUGUCGGCUCGCCAGAAUUUCGAGAAGACUCGCACAUUUCUUGCAUCGUCUCUUUAUGGGGCUAUUCAGCGUAUGUUUGUUUUCCGUUAAAAAAAAAUUUUUUUUUACAUCGCUGAAUUGAAUUUUUUGACGUAAAAAAACGGAUCAUUUUUUUCACAGCCUGAAUAACCCCAUUAUGGCAGACGCUCGCACUUUCUCGCUUUUGUUUUGUCGUCAUUCUUCAGUUGCUUUUCAAAGAGUUUUCGGAAGAGCGGCCUAAAUGUUUCGAAUAGCCCGAAUGGCCCAAACGGAGUUCAGGCCGUUCGAGUCACUUGCCCUUACUAAAAUCAGUCAAAAACCGGAAUGUGCCAAAAAGAGACGCGAGCGGGACGAUGCGAGAAACUGAAACGAAAACGAGAAACAUUUUUUUUAAGGAAACGCUGGCUGCUCAGAUUUUCGUGUUUUCCGAAUGGAUAUCCCAAGAUCUUGUGACAUUCGAUGUGAUGGAUGUCAUUUUAGGUAACCUUAAUCCUGGUUUUAAUUUCACACUUGAGACCACUUUCAGAAUAAUGGUCGCCUUGAGAAUCGGAUUUUCGGUUACUUUGAUCGUUUUUUUCGCAGUGGUACUUUGUCAACUUUUGGCAAUAUGUUUCGCAUUGUAUUUUGUGUUUAUGCGGCAGAAAGAGGUCAAAAUUGUGAGUUGUAUUUGUCGGAACUUUGAAAUGAAAUGAAAUUUCGAUUAAAAAUUCAGAUCUACGUGCAGCCGCCGCCAAAAAGAGAAAGAUCGCGACUGACGCGAGACACCCUACGAGACCAUGAUCUUCCAUUUCAACUCCAACCAAAACGAUAUCAAAAAUAUUAACUUUUCCCCAAUGUAUUUGCUUCGAAACGGGUCUGAUCAUUGAAUCAAUCAAAAAAACAUGAAUAAAAAUUAAUUUAAAUUCACGAAUUAACAUUUAAAAUUAAGUCAUCUGGUUGUGAAACGCCUCUCCCAAAUCUAGUUCUCAAAACAACACUCGACUAUGAGACAAACGAAUUUAAUUCUUAUUUUUACGAUUUUUCUGCAAUUUUCUAGAAUUUUCUCGGAAAUUCAGUACAGUACGGAUUCAUCGAGUGAGCUUUUCUUUUCAAAUGUAUAAUUAUAGGUUGAGAAAUUAAUUUUUUAAAGAAUGCUCUGGAAAUUUGGCUUGUAAGCCGUGGAACGACGUGGAGAAAAUCGAGGACGGAACAGCGAUUAUUGAGUGAAAAACACUUUGAUAGGGAGGAAUUUGAAACUGUUUUCUGAUUUUAGGUACGACGAGAACUGUACAGUAUCCCGUAUUCAAUGCGUGGCUAAGCCCGGUCGAGAUUGCGUUUAUACGACAGUUUGGGGAGUUUUGGACAACGGAGACGGCGGUCCCUUGGGCACUAUGGGCGAUUAUAAUGCUACCGUCGAGUUCAAGUGCCAGAAUUAUAAUUGGAAUUUGAGCAACCAGUUAGUUUUUUUUUGAAUUAAGCAUUUAAAAGCACGUCAACAAUUUUAGAGUUAUCAAGAAAGCUGCCUGUUACUUCAAUUGCACGGAAAAAGUCGAAAUUAUGGCGAGACCUCAAAUUGUUGAAGUUGUCACGUCGACAUCUUCCGAAUCGCCAAGUACUGCGGAGCCGACUACAACAACGAACAAGCCGAUCGGAAAUCAUUGCCACGUUGGCAAUGCCUGA